AUGGAAGCCCGGCGCUUCCCCACCCACCGAAAACCCAAAUACGAGGGCGAAGACACAAGCCCAACCACCGCCCGUGAGCUCAAAGGCUUCUAUGCCUACAGCGUCGCGGCUGAAGUCUUCGCCGUUUGCGGUGUCGGUUCAUUCCUCCCCGUGACCCUCGAACAACUCGCUCGCGAGCGGGGUGUCUUGUGGUCUGAUAAAACGACCUCAUGUAUGUUCAAAGCGGCGCAAAAUGCCACGGUCACCACCUCGCAUCUUCUGUCUCGGGCGACCGGGGGACAGAAUAAUCAAUGUGUGGUGAGAGUCUUGGGGUCUGAGAUGACGACGUCGAGUUUUGCCAUGUAUACAUUCUCACUUGCGGUGUUUGUGCAGGCGCUGGCGCUGGUUUCAUUUAGUGCUGUUGCGGAUUUUGGAGAUAAUCGCAAGAAACUGUUAUUAGGAUUUGGAUUUACGGGCGCGGUGUCGUCGAUGAUGUUUCUUUUGGUGGUGCCGAAGAUCUUUUUGCUAGGUUCGUUGUUGGUUAUAGUCGGUGUUACGUGUUUGGGAUCUUCGUUUGUUAUACUUAAUUCUUUUUUACCGGUGCUGGUGGCGAAUCAUCUGGAUAUUCAACAUGCUCCGUCGAGUUCAUUCGAUGAGUCGUCUUCGAAGACGGAUUCUCCGACUUUGGCGCUUUCGACUAAAGUCUCUUCUAAGGGUGUUGGCAUUGGAUAUAUGGCUGCGGUGUUUGUUCAAGUAUUAUCGAUUAUAUUACUUUUUAGUCUUUCCAAGGUAAAGGGUAUAUCUUCGACUCUCCCUCUCCGGCUGGUGCUCUUCCUUGUCGGUACAUGGUGGUUUGCCUUUACAAUUCCAUCAUCCCUCUGGCUCCGCUCACGGCCAGGACCCCCACUACCAACAAGAAACUCAGCCCAAUCCAAAUUCCGCUCAAUUCUAUCCUACACGACCUUCGCCUGGAAAAGCCUCUUCGACACAAUCAAACUCGCCCUAAAACUCAAACAAAUCCUCCUCUUCCUCAUCGCAUGGUUUCUCCUCAGCGAUUCCAUCGCCACCGUCUCCGGGACUGCGAUCCUCUUCGCCCGAACAGAACUCCACAUGGGUACCGUAGCCAUCGCCCUCCUCUCCAUCACAGCAACCUCAUCCGGCAUCCUCGGCGCCUUCGUCUGGCCCUUAAUCUCCCGCCGCUACGAAUUACCGACGCAAAAACUCAUCAUCGCUUGUGUCUGCGCCAUGGAAAUCAUCCCUCUCUACGGCCUCCUCGGAUUCAUACCCUUCGUCAAACACUGGGGCGUUGGCGGCUUGCAGAAAUCUUGGGAGAUAUAUCCGCUCGGUAUCGUCCACGGUUUCGUCAUGGGCGGAUUAUCCUCCUACUGUCGCGCCUUCUACGGCCGUUUAAUCCCCGAGGGCAAGGAAGCUGCAUUCUACGCUCUCUAUGCUGUCACCGAUAAAGGCAGUUCAGCAGUCGGCCCUGCGAUUGUGGGCAUGAUAGUCGAUCGCACAGGCACGAUCCGAGGUGCAUUUGUGUUUUUGGCGGUCUUGGUCAUCUUACCGAUUCCGUUAAUGUGGUGCAUAAAUGUGGAAAAGGGGGUUGAUGAUGCGAGGAGCAUGGCUGGGGGGAGUAGGGAAGGAAGAGAGAUGGUUAUGGUUGGGAAUGAGUUUAGUCUGGAUGAUGAUGAUGAUAGUGAUCUGGGGAGCGAGGAUGGGGAGGAGGGGCGACGGUUGAUGAGGGGUCAUGAGUUAUGA